AUGAUAGAGUCAACGUUGCAUAAGCCAACAAAAAUCGGCGGACUCAACUUGAGUCAAGGAUCUCCCCCAACAUCAAAAAGAAGCAAAAAUGUGGUUUCUGAACAAAAGUUUGUUGCUAAGUCUCCAUUUAGCCGUUCCAAAUCUUUGUCAGAACACAAUGUCGACAAUGUUAUCCUUUUACCGGACGAUGAUGAAAUAGACAAGAAAGAAUCAAAAACUACUUCUAACAUUCAGUCCACCUACUUGAAGGGAAGCACAAGCAAGUUUGUUGAGACCAACUUUGUUACGACAUCAAAAAUGAAACUCCAACCUGUGGAAGAACAUGUUUCAUGUUAUGUUUUUCAUUCCAAGAAUGAUCUAAGUGAGGAAUUGUUCAAGGUUGAAACCCUCAUAGGCUCACGAAGUGAAUUUCAGACUCUAUGUCCUGGAAGAAUAGUUUACACUGAGAUACUUGAGAUGAUGUCCGCUAAGGUGACAUGGAUUGAGAGGAACGUUGAUGUACCAAGUAUAUGGUCACUCCCCCCCUCAUUUGUGAGAGAUGCAUUCCGUCGUAAUACAAUUGAAGAGCUAAUCGAGAAGUAUGGGAAAAAUUGGAUGCCUCCAAUUGAAAACCUAAAGCAUAUUUAUUUGCCAAUUUAUGAUUGCGUUGGCAAUUGGUUUCUUAUGGUUGCAUCCAUUGAUGGCCAAAUUUUGUACCACCUAGAUCCAGGUUUUGAGAAAAGAAAUAUAAUCCCUAGACAAGACGACAUUAAGAAAUUGUGGCAAAUUAUUAGUGAAAUGGUACAAACCAUGGUUCAAAGUGAACACUUUCCACCCCACUUUCUAUGUGAAGUGCAGCACAUAGACAAUUGGGAUAUGGCCGAGUCUGUAGGACUUGUUUCUGAAGGAUUUUGUCAACAUUCUGCUGUUUGGGUCUUACAAUGGCUAGCAAUGGGUUCAUCUUUUACACCUAACAUACAUGUCGUGAUGAAAGAAGAUGUUGUUAGAAUGAAGGUGGCGGUUGAUUUGUUGUUGGGUGAGCAUAAUGAAUAUAAAGACAUCCUGGUGGAGAAAGCUGAAAAAGCGUGGCACGAUAUGAACAAUGUCGAGCAAUCAAAAUAUUUCAACUAAUUUUUUUUCUUCUAGGAUAUUGUAGGCAUGUCUACAAUAGCCACUCGCAUUAGAAUCAAAUUAAUUUGUAGGAACUUUCUUCUAUGGUUGCUUCCUUUUGUUUUUUGAUUACUUUGGUUAGAUUUGUUUAAUGUUGUUUAACACUGCACUCUUUUUUCCUUCAAGGUUUUUAACGAGGC